CUGUGGCGGGCCGGACACGCAGAAGGUACAUGAGAAGUUUGAGGUUGACUGGCACACGUACCUCGCAGCUUCGCUCGGCAUUGUCGUAGUCUCCAUCGACGGACGCGGUUCCUGUUGCCAAGGCAACAUGAUGAAAUACGAGGUCUACAAGCAGCUAGGAGGAAAGGACGUGGACGACCAACUCGUAGCCACCAAAUACAUCCGAGAGCAUUACAAAUUCAUCGAUCCGGAGAAGAUCGCCAUCUGGGGCUGGUCAUACGGUGGAUUUAUCACGGCUAAGGUACUGAGUCACAAACUGAACAUAGGAUCUCAGGUGUUCAAGUGUGGCAUGGCUGUAGCGCCUAUCACAAGCUGGAGGUUGUACG